AAUUAGAGAGAGAGAGAGAGAGAGAGAAAAAAAAAGGCCUAGGGUUUGACUGAGAAAAUUUGCGAAUCGCGUGCGAAAAACCCUCCAGGAGAGAGUGAGUGGAAUCGCCAAUUUCCUGCCCGUCAACUCGGCUUGUCAGCUCGCUCCAGAGAUCCACCAUCGUCAUCGUCCAUGCCCGUUCCGAAAAUCGCGCUUUUUUUAGAGAGAGAAAAUUGGUGUAGAGAGAGAAAAUCUUCGAGGGCUGUUGCGGGGGGGUUUUUGAACGUUGCGAUCGGAGGGCCCAGACAAGGUUUUUGUCGAAAGUUGGAGGGAUUUUUCUAGUUUUCUUGGGUUUUGGGCUUUUUGGGUGUAUUCUAACUUUUUCAUUUCGCCCCCAAUUUUUCUCUUAUCGGAGGUUCUUUUGUAUUUUUCUGGGAUUUCGGCUUCUGGGUAGGUCUGUAUUGUAUUCCAGUGCAAUUGGGCAUGCAAUCUGGUGGUGGUGGUGGAGGAGGACCCAGCCGGAAUCCGGGAGGUCCGGUGGGGCGGGCGGCAUCGACGUCGUCGGCUGCCUCGCCGUCUUCGUCGUCGUCCGCCGUGUCGACGCCGCACUUGGGCUUCGACUCAAUUCAGCAGCAGCAGCAGUCUAGGCAGCCAUUACAACAACAAUUACUAAGAAAACCUGAAGGUAAUGAACAUCUUCUAGCAUAUCAAGGUGGCGGUCUCCAGGGAGUUUUGGGAGUGGGCAAUUUUUCAUCUCCCGGUAUGAUGCCGCUGCCUCAACAAUCAAGGAAAUUCUUUGACUUGGCACAACAACAUGGUUCCUCUCUGGAGGGUCAGAAUAGGAGCCAAGGGCCUGACCAGCAGGUACUGAAUCCAGUCCACCAAGCUUAUCUUCAGUAUGCUUUUCAGGCUGCUCAACAGAAGUCAUCUAUGGUCAUGCAACCCCAACAGCAGGCUAAAAUGGGAUUGUUAGGCCCUCCGUCGGGCAAGGAUCAGGACCCACGAAUGGGAAAUAUGAAAAUGCAAGAACUCAUGUCCAUUCAAGCGGCUAACCAAGCACAUGCAUCAUCAUCCAAAAAUUCGUCUGAGCAUUUUGCUCGCGGAGAAAAGCAGAUGGAGCAAGGGCAGCCAGUGGCCUCUGACCAGCGGAGUGAGCCUAAGCUGUUGGCUCAGCCAGCAGUCAUUGGACAAUUAAUGCCAGGAAAUAUCAUAAGGCCCAUGCAGGUGCCACAAUCUCAGCAAAACAUACAAAACAUGACAAGCAACCAGAUCGCAAUGGCUCAGCUGCAGGCAGUGCAGGCAUGGGCACUUGAGCACAACAUUGAUCUUUCAUUGCCAGGAAACGCCAAUUUGAUGGCGCAGCUCAUCCCACUUGUACAAGCUAGGAUGGCUGGACAGCAAAAAGCAAAUGAAAGCAAUGUGGGUGCACAACCAACACCCAUCCCGGUGACAAAGCAGCAGGUUACUUCUCCACAAGUUGCAAGUGAGAAUUCACCACGUGCUAAUUCAUCAAGUGAUGUAUCUGGGCAGUCGGGGUCAGCAAAAGCAAAGCAAGUGGUUUCAUCUGGCCCUUUUGGUUCUACUUCAAAUGCUGGUAGUAUUAACAAUAGUAACAACAUUGCGAUGCAGCAGUUUCCUGCUCAUGGAAGAGAAAACCCAACGCCUAUUAGACAGACAGCUGUAGCUGGGAACGGAAUGCCUCCAAUGCAUCCUUUGCAGUCACCUGCAAACAUGAGCCAGGGUGUGGAUCAAUCUUUUCAUGCGAAAAAUUCAUUGAGCAGCACGGAAAAUAUGCAACUGCAAUACCUUAGGCCAUUGAGUCGAUCUUCCCCACAAGCUCCUGUUGCUAUGAAUGAGAGGGCCUCGGGCAGUCAAGUUCUGUCACAAGGUGGACCAGCUACUCAGAUGUCUCAACAGCAGAACGGGUUCACCAAACAGCAAUUGCACGUUCUCAAAGCUCAAAUUCUAGCAUUUAGGCGAUUGAAGAAAGGAGAAGGUACUCUCCCACAAGAACUUCUUCGGGCUAUUGUGCCGCCUCCCCUUGAGGUGCAGCUGCAGCAGCAAUUUCUUCCUGGAGGUGGAAACAUUCAGGAUAAAUCUGCUGGGAAGGUUGUAGCUGACCGUGCUAGACAUGUUGAGUCCAGUGACAAAGAUGCACAGGUGGUUGCAUCAGUUAGUGGGCAAAACAUUGCAAAGCAAGAAGUUUCCACAAGGGAUGAGAAAGCAAGUGCAUCAGCUGUUCACAUGCAAGGUACGCCAGCUGUGACGAAGGAACCCGCACCAGUCAUUUCUUCAGGAAAAGACGACCAGCGUCCUACUAGUGUAUCUGUCAAGACAGACCCUGAAGUUGAAAGGGCUAUUCCAAAAGCUCCUGUUCGUAGUGAUUCAAUAGAUAGGGGAAAGACCAUUGCACCUCAGGUUCCUGCAUCUGAUGCAAUGCAAGUUAAAAAGCCUGCACAACCGAGCACUGCACAACCGAGCACUGCACCAUCCCAGCCAAAAGAUAUUGGUCUGACCAGAAAGUAUCAUGGACCACUAUUUGAUUUCCCUUUCUUUACUAGGAAACAUGACUCCUUGGGCCCUGGACUGAUUAAUAAUAAUAACAAUUUAACAUUGGCAUAUGAUGUCAAAGAUCUUCUUUUUGAGGAAGGUGCAGAGGUGCUUAACAAGAAGAGAACAGAAAAUAUAAAGAAGAUUGGUGGUUUACUGGCGGUAAAUUUGGAGAGAAAAAGGAUUAGGCCAGAUCUUGUAUUGCGGUUGCAAAUCGAAGAGAAGAAGCUCCGACUUUUAGAUUUACAGGCACGCUUGAGGGAUGAAAUUGAUCAACAGCAGCAGGAGAUAAUGGCUAUGCCCGAUAGGCCGUAUAGGAAGUUUGUUCGGCUCUGUGAGCGUCAGCGCAUGGAUCUUUCUAGGCAAGUACAGGCUUCUCAAAAAGCCUUGAGAGAUAAGCAACUGAAAUCCAUCUUUCUCUGGCGUAAGAAGCUUCUUGAGGCUCACUGGGGCAUUCGUGAUGCACGGACUGCCCGAAAUAGGGGAGUCGCAAAGUAUCACGAGAAGAUGUUGAGGGAAUUCUCAAAAAGAAAGGAUGACGAUCGGAACAAAAGGAUGGAAGCAUUGAAGAAUAAUGAUGUGGAAAGGUAUAGGGAGAUGUUACUUGAACAGCAGACCAACAUUAAAGGUGAUGCUGCGGAGAGAUAUGCAGUUCUCUCAUCAUUCUUGACUCAGACAGAAGAAUAUCUUUACAAACUGGGAGGUAAAAUAACUGCUGCCAAGAAUCAGCAGGAGGUGGAGGAGGCAGCAAAUGCUGCUGCAGCUGCUGCACGACUUCAGGGUCUAUCGGAAGAAGAAGUUAGAGCAGCAGCAGCUUGUGCUGGGGAGGAAGUGAUGAUACGAAAUCGUUUUAUGGAAAUGAAUGCACCAAAGGAUAGCUCAUCCGUUAACAAGUAUUAUAGUCUUGCACAUGCUGUGAAUGAAAGAGUCGCAAGGCAACCCUCCAUGUUGCGAGCUGGAACUUUAAGAGACUAUCAACUUGUUGGGUUGCAAUGGAUGCUUUCGUUGUAUAACAACAAGUUAAAUGGAAUCUUAGCUGAUGAAAUGGGUCUUGGAAAAACUGUACAGGUAAUGGCUUUGAUUGCAUACUUAAUGGAAUUCAAAGGGAAUUAUGGGCCGCAUCUCAUAAUUGUUCCAAAUGCUGUUUUAGUAAAUUGGAAGAGUGAGUUGCAUACUUGGUUGCCAUCUGUCUCUUGCAUAUAUUAUGUUGGUGGAAAGGAUCAACGGUCAAAAUUGUUUUCUCAAGAGGUCUGUGCCAUGAAGUUCAAUGUCCUUGUGACAACCUAUGAGUUCAUCAUGUAUGAUCGCUCUAAACUUUCCAAGAUAGAUUGGAAAUACAUUAUAAUUGAUGAGGCACAAAGGAUGAAGGACAGGGAAUCAGUUCUAGCGCGUGAUCUUGAUAGAUAUCGUUGCCAUAGGCGCCUGCUUCUCACAGGGACGCCAUUACAGAAUGAUUUGAAGGAAUUAUGGUCACUUUUGAAUCUACUUCUUCCUGAAGUUUUUGACAAUAAGAAGGCAUUUCAUGAUUGGUUCUCACAGCCGUUCCAAAAAGAAGCUCCUAUGCAGAAUGCAGAAGAUGACUGGCUAGAGACUGAAAAGAAAGUUAUCAUCAUCCACCGACUCCACCAAAUUUUAGAGCCAUUUAUGCUCAGACGACGUGUUGAAGAUGUUGAGGGUUCACUUCCACCAAAGGUGUCCAUAGUUCUAAGAUGUAGAAUGUCAGCUAUACAGAGUGCCAUUUAUGAUUGGAUCAAAUCUACUGGUACUCUCCGAAUUGACCCGGAAGAUGAGAAGCUCAGGGUUCAAAAAAAUUCACUUUACCAGGCUAGGGUUUAUAAGACCUUGAAUAACAGGUGUAUGGAGCUGCGUAAAACUUGUAACCAUCCUUUGCUCAAUUAUCCAUAUUUCAGUGACUUAUCAAAGGAUUUCCUUGUAAGAUCUUGUGGUAAACUGUGGAUUCUAGAUAGAAUCCUCAUCAAACUUCAGAGAACGGGGCAUCGUGUACUUCUUUUCAGUACCAUGACAAAACUCCUUGAUAUAUUGGAGGAAUACUUGCAGUGGCGGCGACUUAUCUAUAGGCGAAUUGACGGAACAACUAGUUUAGAGGAUCGUGAAUCAGCCAUUGUUGACUUUAAUAGCCCUAAUUCAGAUUGCUUCAUCUUCUUGCUUAGUAUCCGUGCAGCUGGUCGUGGGCUAAAUCUUCAGUCCGCUGAUACAGUUGUCAUUUAUGAUCCUGAUCCGAACCCUAAAAAUGAGGAACAGGCAGUAGCUAGAGCCCACCGUAUUGGACAGAAAAGAGAAGUUAAAGUUAUUUAUAUGGAAGCAGUUGUUGACAAAAUAUCCAGCCAUCAGAAAGAAGAUGAACUGAGAAGUGGAGGUACAGUUGAUUCAGAGGAUGACCUUGCUGGUAAAGAUCGAUACAUGGGAUCUAUUGAGAGCCUCAUCAGAAACAACAUUCAACAAUAUAAGAUUGACAUGGCUGAUGAGGUUAUAAAUGCUGGGCGCUUUGACCAGAGGACUACACACGAAGAGAGACGCGUGACAUUAGAGACAUUAUUGCAUGACGAGGAGAGAUAUCAAGAAACUGUCCAUGAUGUUCCAUCCUUGCAGGAGGUUAAUCGCAUGAUUGCAAGAAGUGAAGAAGAAGUUGAAUUGUUUGAUCAAAUGGAUGAAGAACUAGAUUGGAUUGAGGAGAUGUCAAUCUAUGAGCAGGUACCUAAAUGGCUUCGAGCUGGUACAAAAGAAGUAAAUUCCACCAUUGCUGCUUUAUCAAAAAGACCAUUGAAGAAGAUGUUACUUGGUGGUAAUAUUGGAGUGGAAUCUAGUGAAAUGGGUUCUGAUUCGUCUCCUAAACCUGAAAGAAGAAGGGGGCGGCCCAAGGGAAAGAAGCAUCCUAAUUACAAGGAAUUAGAUGAUGAAAAUGGAGAAUACUCGGAAGCAAGUUCUGAUGAGAGAAAUGGAUAUUCUAUGCAUGAAGAAGAGGGAGAGAUAGGAGAAUACGAAGAUGAUGAAUUCAGUGGCGCUGUUGGGGCACCACAAGUUAAUAAAGACCAAGCAGAAGAAGAUGGCCCAGCAUGUGAUGGUACAUACGAGUAUCCUCGGGCUUCAGAAAUUAUUAGGAAUAACCAUGUACCAGAAGAAGCUGGUUCCUCUGGAUCAUCCUCAGACAGCCGACGAUUGACUCGGAUAGUGUCUCCAGUUUCUUCUCAGAAAUUUGGGUCUCUGUCGGCCUUAGAUGGUAGGCCAGGUUCUGUUUCUAAAAGACUGCCAGAUGAACUAGAGGAAGGGGAAAUUGCUGUGUCCGGAGAUUCUCACAUGGAUCAUCAGCAAUCUGGAAGUUGGAUUCAUGACCGUGAAGAGGCUGAAGAUGAACAGGUCUUACAACCGAAAAUAAAAAGGAAACGCAGUCUUCGCAUUCGUCCCCGUCACAAUGUGGAAAGGCCAGAAGACAAAUCUAGCAACGAGACAUCAUCUAUCCAACGGGGAGAUACAUCACUGUUGCCAUUCCAGGUGGACCAUAAAUAUCAAGCGCAGUUAAGAGGAGACCCUGAAAUGAAAUUGUAUGGAGAUUCCAGUUCUUAUAGGCAUGAGCAGAAUGAUUCCUCAACGAAAGGUAGACGGAAUCUGCCUUCACGGAGAGUAGCUAAUACGUCAAAGUUGCAUGCUUCGCCAAAAUCUAGCAGCAGAUUGAAUAGCAUGUCUGCUUCUGCAGAUGAUGCUAGUGAGCAUCCUAGGGACAAUUGGGAGGGGAAAGUUGUACAUUCUACUGGCACCUCAGCUUUUGGCACAAAGAUGUCUGACAUCGUCCAAAGAAGGUGCAAGAGUGUAAUAAUCAAGCUCCAAAGGCGAAUAGAUAAGGAAGGAUCUCAAAUUGUUCCCUUGCUUACGGAUUUGUGGAAGCGGAUUGAAAAUUCUGGUUACACAGGUGGAUCUGGGAGCAAUAUUUUGGAUUUACGAAAGAUCGAACAGCGCAUAGAGAGGUUAGAGUAUAAUGGAGUUAUGGAGCUGAUAUUUGAUGUGCAGGCUAUGUUAAGAAGUGCAAUGAAUUACUACUCAUUUUCACAUGAGGUGAGAUCUGAGGCCAGGAAAGUACAUGAUUUGUUCUUCGAUAUCUUGAAAAUUGCAUUUCCAGAUACAGAAUUUCGAGAAGCCAGAAGUGCACUCUCCUUUUCUGGCCCAGUUUCUACCACUGCUCCAUCCCCAAGGAUGGCCCCUGCUGCUCAAACCAAGAGACAGAAGAUGGUAAACGAGGUGGAAGCCGAGCCAAGCCCCUUGCAGAAGCCGCAGCAGCGGGGACCGAUGUACAGUAGUGAAGAGACGGUUAGGGUGAGAGGCCCACUGCAAAAGGAAUCAAGACAUGGAAGUGGAAGCGGCAACAGCAGGGAGCAAUAUCAGCAGGAUGAUUCUCCGCGUCUAACUCAUCCUGGGGAUCUUGUUAUUUGCAAGAAGAAGAGAAAAGAUAGGGAAAAGUCUGUGGGGAAGGCGAGGACUGGACCAGCCGGCCCCAUUUCACCCCCCAGUAUGGCUCGAGGUAUAAAAAGCCCAGGUCCUGGUUCCGUCGCCAGGGACACGAGACUAACACAACAAUCCACCCCUCAUUCUCAAGGGUGGGCUAACCAGUCUGCUCAACCCGCAAACGGCAGUGGAGGGUCCAGUGUUGGUUGGGCAAACCCUGUAAAGAGGUUGAGGACAGAUUCUGGGAAGAGGAGGCCAAGCCAUCUAUGACCUUCUGAAAGGAUAGAAUACUGAUGUAAUGGAAGAAUUUAUCACUUCUUUUUGAGUUCAGAUCAGAUGCUGAGUUCAUUAUUGUUGGGCCCUUCUUGGCUCAACUACAAUUAGCCAAUACUGUUAAUAACUGUAGGUCCUCUAUUUUUCCACCCCUUGUAGGUUACAAGUGCCCUUCUCCUUCCAUGGAAUUCUUGGCCUUAUAAUUGAAUCUGUGCCUCGCCGGGCGUCUUUUAUAAGAAGGAAACCUUUUGUAUAGAUGUGCUUUAUAUUUAUCUGUAAGAUUUUAUAGUUUUUUCAAAA